AUGCCUUUAGGUCCGUUUGAUCGCCGCAAGAAACGAUCUCGCUGUCUUGCAUGUUCAGCAAGCCACCUAAAAUGUUCUGGAACUCUUCCAUGCAGCAACUGUCAGCGGCGGCAGAUAGUCUGUGACUUUUCUCCGGUGCUGAACAAGGUUGCUCGGAUCAAGAUUGACCAUGAAAACCAUGCGACGGCUGUUGGUUUGGUCAAAUCCGAUUACCGACAUGCACCCCAGCUCGUCAUUACCCCACGGGAUGACAAGACAUCUUUCUUCUUUCGUUACUUUGAUACUUUUCUUUUGAGGAACAAGUUUACUCAGAAAAACAUAUUCCCUACUGAUAUUGUAGAGCUGAUACAACGCUCAUCGUCGGGGGAGUACCUUCGAGAUGCAGUUCUCUCUCUUGGAGCCAUGCAAGCAACGAAAAGCAGACCAGCAGAAGGCAUCGAUUCAACCGAAAGCUAUCGCUUUGCUAUCAAUCACUAUUCGAAAUCUGUGGCUGGUCUUCGGAGUGCCCUGAACCAGUUCGCCAGCCUACCCAACCUUCGGCACAGCAUUCUAUGGACCACUCACUUGCUGGGACUGUUUGAGCUCAUGAGUGACACGACAGGUCAAGGCUGGGUCCAGCAUCUCGUCCACGGUACAUCCAGCGCACUGGUUGCUACUGGCCCGCUGGCCUUUGUAUCCGGCCUGGGCAAGAGAUUCUUUACAGAAAUCAGGAUAUUCGAAGUUUGCCGAGCCAUCAUAUUUAAUGAGCCUACAUUUCUUGCAAAUCCAGGAUGGCAGGACCUUUCAGCAAAGUUGCAAGGCGUGGAAGCUGAUGGCCAGCCACAUCCUCUCGAUGCCCUUCUAGAUAUCAUCGUCUUGUGCUCAACGCUACGCGUUCGAGCAAGCAAUCUCAUAUGCUCACUUCAAGACGACCAGCCUGAUGACAUACCUGAUGAAGCCCACGACACCGCUGCAGAAGGCUUUCGCUUGAGAAAAGCUCUUGCUCUUUGGCAAUUAAACCGCAGAGCAUCAACACCAACUCCACCAUUCAAAAGUGAAACAACCGUAGAGGAUGACUUUCUAUCUCUAGCAGAAGUCUUCUACUCAGCAACAAGCAUCUACCUCUCGGGAGUCUUCGACUAUGAAAUCGUCCACUGGCAAAACAUGAGCAUCCCAGUACCAAACCUAAGCGAAGAAGAGAUCCAGACACACGUCUCUACCAUUCUUGUGCUCAGCGGUAUGAUUCUCGACAACUCCAAGAUAUCCCCUGUGCUUGUCCUGUUUCCUUUGAGAGUUGCUGGCGCGCGUUCUUGGGACCAGUGGCAGCAUGAUUGCAUUAUUGAGCUUUUGGAAAGCAUUGAGCAGACUUUUCCGGUGGCUGCUGCUUUUAGGAUGAAUCUGGGAGAGCUUUGGGCCUCCAGAUGUUGA